AUGACCAAGCAGCUGGAGGCCGAGAAAGUGACACCAGUCACUCUUGAGGCUGACAGUCCGAUCAAGUACGAGAAACUCCCUGGAGACGUGUUCAUGACCCGACAACUCCUCGAGGAUGCGCUGAAGGACAUGUGGAUUCUAAGCCAAGGGCCAAGCGAGAGUGUAUUCAACUACGUACACAUGGCCAUUCCAGACGCGGCGUGUUUGAACGUCUUGAACCAGUUUGAUUUCUGGGGUGCGGUGCCAGUUGGUGGUGAGGCGACCUUUGAGGACAUAGCGAAGUAUACCAGGCUUCCUCUUGAGGUGGUGAGCCGUGUCAUCGACCACGCUGUCACUAUGCGCUUCUUCGCCAAAACUUCGCCUACAGCAACAUCGGUCAAACACACAUCACGAUCUGCUGCACUAGCUAAAGACUCUGGCCUGUCUGCGCUUGUGCAGAUGGUGUUGGAUGAAACAGGACCCCCAAUGCUCCUCCUUCCUGAAGCUCUACGUCGUUUCUCGCAAGGAAAAUCGGAGAUAAGCAAGAACAUAAAGGAAACUGCUUUCAGGCUCUGUCACUCUGGUGGCGAGACAUGGGGUGACUAUGAAACCAGUUGGGAGUUCAUUGAGAACGAUGGAGAGGGUGAGAAGAAGGGCUGGCGACAGAGAAACUUUGUCAAGUUCAUGGCCUACAUCAAGGACCUGUUCCACACUGAAAACAUCGUACUCGAAGCUGUCGACUGGAAGGCUGCCGGCGAAGUCAUAGUCGUUGACCUCGGUGGUUCAGCUGGUCACGACGACGCCGUCCUUGCAACCAAGUUCCCCAACCUCAAGAUCGUCGUCCAAGAUCUCCCCGAAGUUGCCCCGGUCUUCGAAAAGGAGUUCCCCUCUGAACUCAAAUCGCGCGUCUCGUUCCGUACACACAACCUGUUCGACCCACAGCCAGUACAAGCAGACAUCUACAUGCUCAAGUGGAUCUUACACGACUGGCCGGAUGUCGAGUCAGUGAAGAUAUUGCAAGCGCUUCGACCAGCACUCAGGCCUGGUGCGCGCGUUAUCUUUAUUGAUUAUGUGGGUAAACAGGAGCCGAGCGAUGAGGAGCUGCCGAGGAGUAUACAGGGCUUCGGUACGGCCACUGAUCUUAGGAUGAUGGCAUUGUUCAACGCGAAGGAGAGGCCCGUAGAGGCGUGGAAGGAUAUCUUUAAGCAGGCUGAUGAGAGGUACGAUGUUGUUAGAGUUGAGGCUGAUCCAUUGAGCUUCAUGUGUGAUACCAACAUCACGGAUGUCGGCAAAGAGCUUAACACGGAUUUUGCUAAUGGCGCUGCGUUCCAAGGAGGUUUCGUCAAAACGGCGUUGACGCUUGGAAACCAGACAGUUUCUAACUCACAGCUUGGGGUGAUUGAGCAAGGCUCUCUGCCUUCUGGAAAUCCACUGUUUCCUAUCUUUGGUAUCGGUCCUGUUGAGAACGAAGUGCUUCAGCCACCCUACCAGAACACACCGGCCAACCUCAAAGAUACUGGUGCGGUCGAUGCCAAUGUAUACGGCAUAUACAUGAAUGACUUCCGCAGUCCAGAAGGCUCCAUUGUAUUUGGCGGUAUCGACACUGCGAAGUUCCAGAGCCCGCUCCAAAACGCGGGCUCGCUCCUGAUCAACGACAACGGAGUCGCGUCGCAAUUUGUGAUUAAAUUCAGCUCCAUGCAGUUGACGGGUGGCAACUCGUCUGCCUGGCGAUCCAACGUCGACUUGGCACCACGAGGCGGCCUACCCCCAGCAUUAAUCGACACCGGAAACCCCUCACUGAACAUUCCCUCGGCCUCGCUUCGCGCCAUGGCUAUGGCUAUAGGCACGACUUUCGAUGAACAGGCUGGCCAGCUAGGUGGUGUGCCAUGCGACCUUGGAUCUCGUGGAGAAAGCCUUUCGUUCGGCUUCAACAAUAACCAAGCGAAGGUCAGCACCCCUUUGGCCGCAAUGCUUGUUCGGGAUUCGUCCUCGGGCACGACUGAGUGUUUUCUACCAAUGUUUCCCUCAGAUGAAGACGAUACGGCAAGCCUGGGCGCCCCGUUUAUGCAGGGAGCGUAUAUUGUUUUCGAUCUGGAUCAAAAGAAGAUAAUGAUGGCAAAUGCGAUCAUUAACGCUACCGAGUCGAGUUUACAAAAGUUAGACGCGUAA